AUGGCUGGUGGUCCCGUCCCCGUGUGGAGAAAAUACACUUCCAGACCUGUUGGUAUCUGGGAGAAGAUCAGACAGUGGUUGGUGCUUGUGCCCAACAGAUCUUCUGGUAACCCAUUACCCUCGUUAUACAGAGCUAUUCCUCCAGGAGCUAGAAUCAAGGAGGCCAGAGAAUACAAGGAGCCCUUCACUAUCCCAGCGGGCGAUGUCAUCAACAACCCAUACUUUAAGCGUGACCACAGAAGAAACUACCCACAGAUUCGUGCUUUCGACCAGACUAAAGUGUCUGGCUUGUUGACGUUAGGGUCAGUAGAAAAGCCUAGAAUCUCCAUAGGUGAGAAAGGCUCCAAGGAGUUGGCUGCAUUCGGACUGGACCAAGAGGUCAGUUUGUCUACUACAUUAAGCUCCGUCAAACCUGACGUGGUCAAGGGCGAAGUUUUGGGUAAAGUGGGCGAGCCUAUCGUUGCUCCAUCGUUGAACAAGUUCCAUUGGACCAUUUUGAAGGAGCCAGUGCACGGCAUGUACUCCGACGACACUGACGUGUAUCCAUGUCGUUUCUUCACCGACAGCAAGACCGCCGAGAGAGCGUCUGCUGCCAACUAA